AUGGCAGCCGUGGCGCCGGGCCUGGGGGAGCACUGGUGGGCGGAGCUGCCUCACCACGCCGUGCUGUGCCGCCUGAGGGAGCAGGCCGCCGGGCCGGGGCCGGGGCCGGGGCCGGGGCCGGGGCGUGAGCCGGAGCCGAGCCGCGCGGCCCUCCCGCGGGACCUGAUGUUCGGCGUCGGCGGGGAGCUCUUCCUGUGGGACGGCGAGCGCGCCGCCUUCUACGUCCUCAGCCUGAGGAGCCUCGGCGACGAGCCCGACAGCCUGGGCCGCUACCAGACCCUGCUCUGCAUAAAUUCGCCCUUUUUUGAGGUGUACCAAACCACGCUGAGUCCGACGCAGCAGCACGUGGUUCUUGUAGGAACAAAAGGGCUGAUGGUGCUGGAGUUACCGAAACGUUGGGGGAAGAACUCUGAGUUCGAAGGUGGGAAGCCAACGGUUAAUUGUAGCACCACACCUAUCGCUGAAAGGUUCUUCACUAGCUCGACAUCCCUGACCCUGAAGCACGCCGCCUGGUACCCCAGUGAGACGCUGGAACCCCACAUUGUGCUGUUAACGUCCGACAACACAAUAAGGGUUUACAGCCUGAGCUCACCCCAAACCCCCGUGAAAGUGAUCGCUCUUUCGGAUGCUGACGAGGAGACGUUGAGGCUCAACAAGGGGAGAGCCUACACAGCGUUGAUUGGAGAGACGGCCGUAGCGUUUGACUUUGGGCCCCUGGCGGCCGUUCCCAAGAACAUAGCUGGGCAGCGGGAGAAAGAAGACCUGCUGGCGUAUCCUCUGUACAUCUUGUAUGAAAACGGGGAGACCUUCCUCACCUACAUUAGUCUCUUACACAGCGCUGGGAACCUUGGGAAGCUGCUGGGCCCGCUGCCGAUGCAUCCUGCAGCAGAAGACAACUACGGGUACGACGCCUGUGCGGUGCUCUGCCUUCCCUGUAUCCCGAACAUCUUGGUGAUCGCCACGGAGUCGGGAAUGCUUUAUCACUGUGUGGUGCUGGAGGGAGAAGAAGACGACGAGCAGAUGUCUGUCAAGUCCUGGGAUUCAAGAACCGACCUCAUCCCGUCGCUCUACGUGUUUGAAUGCGUCGAGCUGGAGCUUGCGCUGCGGCUGGCGUCCAGAGAGGGAGAAGAACCGCUGGAGUCGGACUUUUCCUGCCCCAUUAAAUUGCACAGAGAUCCCAAAUGUCCCUCUCGCUAUCACUGCACGCAUGAUGCCGGCGUACAUAGCAUUGGGCUCCCCUGGAUCAACAAACUGCACAAGUUCCUUGGCUCGGAUGAGGAAGACAAGGAUAGUUUGCAGGAGCUGGGAGCUGAGCAGAAAUGCUUUGUAGAGCACAUUCUUUGUACCAAGCCUCUGCCAUGCAGGCAGCCUGCCUCCAUCAGAGGGUUCUGGAUUGUCUCCGACAUCCUGGGUCCAACCAUGGUGUGCAUCACCGAGACCUACGAAUGCGUCACCAAGCCUCUUCUGUCCGCCGUCCACCCUGCCUGCCCUCCGCUUCUGUGCACCAAGGAAGAUUCCCAGGUCACGGCCUCCCCUCUCCGCAUCCUGGCAGAAUCGCAGGACUCCUUCGAGAGACACAUCCGGAACAUUCUGUGCCGCACCUCUGCCAACCCGCUGCUGUUGAAAGCUGCGGAUAAGGAGACUUCCCCUCCCCCUGAAGAAUGCCUUCAGCUCCUCAGCAGAGCCACACAGGUGUUCAGGGAAGAAUACAUCCUGAAACAGGAUUUGGCCCGGGAGGAGAUCCAGCGAAGAGUGAAAUUACUGCACGAACAGAAAAAGAAACAGCUGGAAGAUCUCGGCUAUUGUCGAGAGGAAAGGAAAACCUUGCGGGACAUAGCCGAGGGCUUGGCCGACAAGUACGAGGAAGCCAAAGAGAAGCAGGAAGACAUUGUGAACCGGAUGAAGAAAGUACUACGCAGCGUUCACUGUCAGUUGCCUGUCCUGUCGGACAGCGAAAAGGAUAUGAAGAAGGAACUACAGACCGUGCAAGAACAACUGCGGCACUUAGGAAAUGCGAUCAAACAGGUUAAAAUGAAGAAGGAUUAUCAGCAAAGGAAAAUGGAGAAGGGGGGCAGCCCACGGAAGCCCAGCCUCAACCUCAGUGCCUACCAGAGGAAAUGCAUCCAGGCCGUUCUCAAAGAGGAGGGAGAACACAUCCAGGAGAUGGUGAAACAGAUAAAUGAUAUCAGAAAUCAUGUGACCUUUUAGUACAAUGUGAACGGCCUAGAGUGAACUUCUGGAACGUUAGAAAAUUCAGCUGCCUUCCUCCUAAUUUAUAAGUCGAGUUAUACAUAGAUGUCUCUUUUUUUUUUUACUUCAUUAUUGAAUAAAACACCUUUUUCCAAA